ACUGCACAUAAAGGUGGGUUGUUGUAUGUGGUGUUCCAGGAGCUGUUCUCCUCCUCCAGCCCCAACAAGGUCUACAGCAAAGCCUUCAACGAAGCCAGGUUACACCCAGAGGUGAUUGGAGUGUUUGGGGAGCCAAUCAAGUGCUUUGGUGAGACAUCCCAUCGUGGUAGAAGACAGCAAGUUAGUCAUGUAGAGUAUAUGAAGGAUGGACUAAAGCACAUGAGGCUGAAGUUCUACAUUGAAGAGGAAGAACCUCAGGGAACGAUGCACACGGAAUCCAAAGAGAACCCUGAAACUGGGAAGUUAGAGUUUCGCUACAUCUUGGUGGAAGUAGACACCUACCCAAGGAGAACCAUCGUCAUCGUGGACAACAGAUAAGAUGGAGGCUGACUCUUUUACCAGUCUGAAACGGUGCUGGUGCAGGGAGUAAAUUAAUUUGUUGCUGAGUAAUAUUCGUGACACAAUGUCUUCUCAACAGAUGCCAAUACAGUUUUACAGAUUGUAUCAGUUUAAACAACAAAAUAGCAGAUGGCAAUCAAGUCUAUAUCUCCCGAUGUCUUGUUUAUUAUUAGUUUUAAUGUUGAUAGCAUUGUCACAAAUAUGUUGGGUGAUUUAGAAAAAUGAGGUAAGAAGAAACCAAACAGAUCACUCUACAGCCAACGCUCAGGACAAUUUCUGUAUUUUGAGAUGAGAGGGAGCAUGUUGGAUGGUGCUUCUUUGAGGUGGCUGUUGCCUGUUGAUUGCCAACCAAUGCCAUGCAGUGUUGAAGUUCCAGAGGAUGAAAGGCCUUCGUGAAGGAAUUAUACCCUAAACUGUUGCACAGAUGCUAUUUGUGUUUUGACACUCAAAAGUGAGAAUGUAGCCUAUUUUCUUGGUUGUGGAGCAGUACUAAACGGAGAUACAAACCUGUCAAGAGAUCAUUGGGAUUUUGCUUAAGAUGAUUUGGUGUUAAAGUUGACAUUUCCAGUCAGAUGCUCACAUUUGUCAGUCAGAUGCUCACAUUUGUCAGUCAGAUGCUCACAUUUGUCAGUCAGAUGCUCACAUUUGUCAGUCAGAUGCUCACAUUUGUCAGUCAGAUGCUCACAUUUGUCAGUCAGAUGCUCACAUUUGUCAGUCAGAUGCUCACAUUUCCAGUCAGAUGCUCACAUUUGCCAGUCAGAUGCUCACAUUUCCAGUCAGAUGCUCACAUUUGUCAGUCAGAUGCUCACAUUUGUCAGUCAGAUGCUCACAUUUGUUUAGUCAGAUGCUCACAUUUCCAGUCAGAUGCUCACAUUUGUCAGUCAGAUGCUCACAUUUCCAGUCAGAUGCUCACAUUUGUCAGUCAGAUGCUCACAUUUGUCAGUCCAAUAAAUGAAGGUUUACUUUAUCAAAAGCAUAAGCGAAUGUAGGUAUAUGUGCUAUACCUCUGCCAAGAUGGCAGCAUGUCAAGUCGUUUGUCUGUGACUAGUACAUUUUAACCUACUAAUAACCUAUUUGUUUAUGGUGGAGUAACUUCCUUGUUGUGUAGUGCAAACUAUUUUGUUUUUGCUGGUGUAAAGAUCACGGGUCCUCCUCAACUCGACGCUUCAUUACUUGGAAGUUUACCAAAGUGACCCUAUGUCAGGCUGGCCUGAUUCCUCCUUCGUCUGCGGAGUGUCUCGUCCAAGCUGCUCCUUUGUGCUCUUCACCUGGAUGGCCUGAGUUCCUCCUUCGUCUGCUGAGCGUCUCGUCCAAGCUGCUCCUUGGUGCUCUUCACCUGGAUGGCCUGAUUCCUCCUUCGUCAGCGGAGUGUCUCGUCCAAGCUGCUCCUUUGUGCUCUUCACCUGGAUGGCCUGAGUUCCUCCUUCGUCUGCGGAGUGUCUCGUCCAAGCUGCUCCUUUGUGCUCUUCACCUGGAUGUCAGUGGCAGCUCAACAAUCCCCAACCCGUUCUCUCGAUCGACCUCAACACCCAAUCUACUCACACUCGCAAAUACUCACAUUCAGACUCACACAUACACGCUGUCCCUCUCUCCCCUUACCUUCGUUGGUCUCUAUUUUUUAUUUAUUUUUUAAUUACAUUUGUCUGAGAAAAUGACAAUUUUUGUGGCAUUGCUUUGUGCACUGACUUUACUGAACUCAGGAGAAAACAAACAUUGUCGCUGGGUGAGUACAUCUGACAAUGUGCUCUCCCGUCCAUUAGACAUUUUGUCUGCAGGAACUCGCUCUUUUUCACUCGGUCCACUUGUCCGAAUGCCGAUGUAUUUGUGGCAUGAUGUGAACAGUAUGAAUUUGUGUCACUACCGAGGUCUAAUGGUUUUAAAUGACUGUUUUGUAUUGUCUGGAAACUCACUUGUAGAAUUUGCUUGCAGUAGGUCUCUUAAAAUAAGAGAAGCUGUGCUUGGUUAUUAAACAGGUGCCUAGUUAGUCUUCUUUUGUUGAUAUCAGGGAACGUGCAACCUAACCCUGGCCCUGAUAUGCAAUGUCUCCAAACCCCCUGCAACCUAACCCUGGCCCUGAUAUGCAAUGUCUCCAAACCCACUGCAACCUAACCC